AUGUUUGCAUCUCAAAAAACUAUACUUACUUUCAAAAUUUCUGAAGAAAAAUCCGAGGAAGAUACAGGUGCCAAAAUUAGAAUUGAUGAUGAUGGUACAAAAAUAACCAUCAAUGGAACAUAUGGUCAAUGUGAAGUUGCAAAAUCAAGAAUAGAAGUUUAUCUUGAAGAUGAAGCAAACAAACCAAGACCUGGUGUAUAUCCUGAACUUGGUUUUACCAUCCUUGAUGCUUUUGGUGUUGCGGAUAAAGUUAUUUAUUCAAGAUAUGCACCAACAAUUCAUUUCAGGAGAUAUGAUUUAAAGGAUAAUAAUGCUCAUUCAAAAGGGAAAGAAUUGUUUUAUAUUAUGUUUGACAACGAAGAAUAUAGCGAGUUAAAUUUAGAAACCAACAAGACAUUUCAAAAGGAAUUUGAAUCUGAUUAUAAUGAAGCAUCUAAUGCGGAAGUUUAUGAUUUGUUAUUUAAUAAAUUGAAAUCUAAUCAAAAUAGAUUGAGUAUAAAAAGGAAUAAUUACUACGAAAAUGGUCAUAGAGGUGACAAAGUACUAGACAAAAGUCGAUCUGAAUGGAAACCAAGCUCAUUAAUAUUAACUCCUCAAAACCCGUUCGGUAUUUUUUCCCAAUUACCUCAAUGCAUAACGCAAAUCACAUCGUACCUUUCCGAGUUAUUUCCAGUAAGCGAUCUUGGAAUGGAAAUAAGAGUUUCUCUGUGCCUUGGACAAGAAUUAUUUUUUGAUAUACCGCCGAUUGAGCCAUCAUCAUUUACUUUAUCAGAAUGGUGUAAAUUAAAAAGAUUUGGCCCAAAAGGUAUCAAGACAUCUUUUCAACAUGAUGUACCACUCGUAGACGGAUUAAGGAUACUUCAAGCUGAUCCGGGAUUUCAAGAAAAGGUUGAGGACUUUGGAAAUAGCGAAAAAGAUAAAUGUAGUAUUUCGAUUUAUUUUAAUGAUGGUGAAGAAAAGAAAAUGAAAUUAAAUUGGGAUUAUCAAAAAAAAACUUGGAAGAUAACUAAAGUUGUUAAAUUAAUGCGUCGAGUCAUACUGUUAGAUCUAGUUUCUGGUUCAUAUUUUCCCGACAUUCGUUUGUUGGUGAAAACUCAAAUUCGCAUACCAAUCGAUCAAAAGUUGAAGGAAUUGAUAAUUUCGUUGCAAAUUUCUAUUAACAGAAACGAAGGUUAUCUGACCUUCCAUGUAAAGGACUUUGCAGGCAUCUUAAAUGUUACUAAAAUUGAACAGACUAUUAAUAAGAGGCGAUUCUAUAAUAAGGAUUACAGAAUUAAUCUUGUGCCAACAAAAAAAGAUUUUGAUAGUAAAAGAGUCACCUUUGCUAACAGCGUUAUAAUAAAACAUUUAAAUUGGAUUUCGAUGAAUCAUUAUCAAAGGCAAUCUUACGAAAAUUCCUCUUUCUCAAUUCAAUCAUCAUCAACAUCAUAUGAACAAUCAAAUACAUACACAAUCAAUGAACAAUUUGAUCUGAUAAGUUUUGAUGAUGAACCUCCAUCAUCAAACUAUUCAAAUAUAAACAUUAAAACAAAUACACGUCAUUUGUUAGACGAAGAUAUACCUUCUGGCACUAUUUAUUUAAAAAGAAAUUGGAAAGAGAUAUUAGAAUUAACAAUACCCAGUUCUUUAGAAUAUACCAGAAAAUUCAGUAGAAUUGUUAGUUGA